AUGGUUGAGCAAGUCGUUGCGACGUUGGCGGCCUGUGUCACCACAUUCUCAGAAUUGGAUACAUUUGCCACGGCCCUUGAGAAUGAAACUAGUUUUUUGGAUCGAAUGCGUUGGGCAAGUAAGGAUAAAGAGAUACAUGCUAUCCUUGUUCGCCUCGAAUCGCAUAAGAGUUCGUUGACACUCAUGCUUACAAUGCUGACAUGUCAUAAUCAAGAUGAGGCCGAAAGUCGGGUUGAUAAGCUCUGUGAAUUGGUGGAUCAGAUGCUGUCCGAAAAUUUGACAUUGAAAGGACGCCUCGCUGCUUUCGAUACAAGUCAUGGAGUAGCGGUUCUUGGGAAUGCAUUUGAAAUCAAAACAGACGAUCCCAAUAUUGCAGAGGCCGAGGGAGGACGCGAGACGACAGGCCUGACCUCUCCUGCAGCGGACAUUCAACCAAACUGGCAGCGCAAUGCACUAGGCUUUGCAUUCGAGGAAGUGCUUAUGGGUUCAAGGGCUUAUCGACUUGCGGGAAAAGACAACUACGAUGGAUUCUCAAUAAUCAGCUCGGCCGGCAGAACUGCGUCCUGGUCCAUGUUAUCUGGCCUGAGUCUCUCGGAAAUCUCUCACAUUGGUAUCCAGGCUAUUCCAAUUUUCGCUAGCGAUAUCACGAACAAGGAGCAUUACGACUUUUCUCCUAUUAUAGGAGACACUCUACCGGCAAGAGCUGCCCCUGAUACCGGGACAGCAAAGAGAUCUCGUCGAGAUAGACUAAGGGGCUUAUUCCGAGGACAACGGCUGGCGGAACCAAAGUCCGAAACGUUGCCUGCGGUAUUUGGAGUUCCCCUUCUGACAAGCAUAAUAUAUGCGAAUGUGGACAUCAGUCUUGUAGAUGAAGAUGGAGUGUCCCGAAUAUAUGGCUACAUACCCCUCGUUGUCGCUAAAUCGGGAGUUUUCUUGAAGGCAAAAGCCACGGACGUUGAGGACAUCUUUGCGACUACAGGAAACCCUGUGCGAAUGAGCGAACUGCAAUUGAAAUUUGACUCACCUCCAAGUUACGGUAAAAGUUUGGUAUGGGACCGGUACACGGUUCAUGACGCUGCUGGGAUUCUCCUACGAUAUCUCAAAAGCCUCCCGGAGCCAAUUAUCCCGUACCGCUGUUACCAAAGCUUCGUUGAGGAGCUGGUACCAUUUACCGGCCGAGAAUUGGCACCAAAGGAGGCUUCCCUUCUUGGUGAGGUGGUUGUCAAGCUUGCCAAUUGCUGCUCUCAGACUGAUCAGCACGUUCCAGCCUUCGAUACUGUCAGCGCCGCCAAGUGA